CACCAUUUACGAUCGAACAAGAUGUUCUCAUUGUACUUUAACUAGCCAAAUUAGUCAAUACUAGUAGGACAUUCUGGCACGAUGAUCCUCCACUUCUUCAAGGUAAUUGGUUGUAUACUUCAAAUGGUUGUUCUGUCGAUAAAUGUUCUGUUAUCAAAGUUUAUUCCUUCAAUCAAAGAAGCAAAGGCAGCAAGAUUUAGAAAAACACUCGAAGGAACUACACUGACUGACGAAGAUUAUAUGAACUCUAUUUAUACACUGGCUUUUUUCAAACAAGAAUGGAAGGCGAUGUAUUUAGAUAUUUUCAAAACUGCUAAAUUACAUGGCAAACCACCAAACGUCGAAGUGAUUAGAAUAGACGAUUCGGUCAAAACGAGGCUUUCAGAUUUUCAACGGAAAGGAAGACCACUGAUAUUAAAUUUCGGCAGUUGUACGUGACCACCGUUUAUGGUGAAGCUUGAGCACUUCAAUGAAGUAAUAGCUCGCUUUUCUGAUAUCGCUGAUUUUCUAAUCAUUUACAUUGAGGAGGCACACCCUUCUGAUGGUUGGAGAUUUGGAAAUAACAUAGAAAUCAAUUAUCAUAAAAACUUAGAAGAACGCAUUGCAUCAGCCAAAUGUCUAAAGUCUUUUGGACCAAAAUGUUCAAUUGUUGUAGAUAACAUGCAAGACGAGGCUAAUUUGCAGUACGGAGCGCUGUAUGAGCGUUUAUACAUUGUUUCAAGUGACGUCAUUGUUUAUGCAGGUGAAAGAGGACCAGUAGGAUAUCGUGUUGAAGAAAUAGAACAGUGGUUAGAAAAUUAUCGUAGUUAGACAUGUAUUUGUGUAUGAUAUAACUAGUCAAACAAUAUAACAGUAGUUUCUUGUGAUUGUAUGAAGAGGAAUAUAACACAGAAGAUGUGGCAUAUUUA